AUGGACGUAGAUGAUUGUGGACCCAAAAUUCUAUAUGCUCAGCCGGCGUACAUCCUGCGAGGUCACUCGGCUCAAAUCCAUGCUCUUCACUUCAUCGCAGACAACAAAUAUCUGAUCUCCGGUGAUGCCGAUGGCUGGGUCAUCAUCUGGGACAUGCCUAUCAAGCGGCCAGUGGGAGUCUGGCAAGCACAUAGAGGCGCUAUUCUCGGGAUCAACAGCUGGCCAGGAUCCGAGUCUGACCAAGGCGACAGGAUCAUAACACAUGGUCGGGACAACAAGCUUCGGGUCUGGCAGCUAGCUCAGGACGAUAUCUCACGUCUUGCGAUAAAGCUUCCAGCUGAUGCUGAGCCAGCGGACUCGAGGCAACCAUGGCUACUUCAUAGUCUAACUGUGAAUGCACUCAACUUUUGCUCUUUCGCCAUCAGUAUCUCUCCAGGCUCUUUGACGUCUUCGAAAACCAGUAACGAUGCUCCACCAGAUGUUCUGGUCGCUGUUCCAGGCGUGCAAGAUGGUUAUAUCAACAUCACUUCUCUGCCGGCCGAGCAACGCUUCGCUACCAUCACGGAUCCGAAGGACAUCAAGACUGGUAUGGUAAUGGCUAUCGGACUACAAACCGAAAGCGGCAAGCUUAAAGUGAUCGCUGGCUACGAGAGUGGCUAUGCCUGCGUGUUUUCGCAGCAGGAUGGCAGCAGCAACUGGCAGGCGAUUUACACCCACAAAUCUCAUACUCAGCCAGUGUUGUCUUUAGACAUCGCUCCUGGUCUAAACUAUUUCUACAGCUCUUCUGCAGAUGAAAUUAUUACCCGGCACCCUUUGAACGAGGGCAGUAGCGCCACGAAGACCUUACAGACUAAGCACGCAGGCCAACAGUCGCUUAUUGUGCGAUCAGAUGAGAAGAUCUUCGCGACGGCGGGCUGGGAUGGUCGAGCUCGAGUCUACUCUGCAAAGACAAUGAAGGAGCUAGCUGUGCUCAAGUGGCAUAAGGAAGGAUGCUACGCUCUCGCAUUUGCCACAAUCGGCGAGAGCAAGUCCUCGAACAAACUUGAUGGCGAUGCUUUAGCCGUCAAGCGCAAUCUCACAGUCGCAGAACAGCGAGUCCAGAAGGUGCAAAGCACACAUGGGCUGGCAGCUGGAAGCAAGGAUGGCAAGAUCUCGUUGUGGGAUGUCUACUGA